AUGCAAACAACUGAUCCCAAGACUUACAAGCCACUCAAGCAAAUUGAUAAAAACUAGAGAGGAUAUGGAUUAAAAUAAAUUGCCUAAAUGACUCUUGGUUCAGGCAAUAUGUUGUUGGCAGUCGAAUUACCAAAUGGGGAAGACUUANAUAUAUAUAUAUGA